AUGUCAGCUCAACUCAAGUCUAUUGAUCCUUCCAACAAUAUCAGUAUCGCAUACAUCAUAUCAUUGGAUCGACUCAAGGAAGCUAAAGGACAUGACAGGAUAGCUACGGCACAGCCUGCUUGCUAUCUACGCGCCCCUGAAAAGAAAGCGCAUGUCUUCUGCAUAACUGCAUCAAGCGUCGAAGCUCAGCCUCAAAAUAAUGGCCAGAUCUUCAAGCACGGACCAAGGCGUGAUUGA